AGCACCGAACUCCAGUGGUCAGCGGAGCCAUGGAGGAGAGAAAUGCUCAGCGGGAGCAGGAAAGACCCAGUCUUCGUCUGGAAAAGCUACAGCACUGGGCAAAGGACAGGCAGAGCGGGCGCCUCUUGGUGCUGGCGGUGAGCCAGCUAUGGCUGGCAGUGGCUGUGGUGCCCUUUGCUAUCUCUGUUGCCUGCCUGAACUCUGCCUGUCACAUGGCCACAGCAUUGCCACUUGGGCCUGGAGCAUUGGGUCUCCUCACUGCGAUUGCCACUCUUGAGCUGCGCAGAGCACCCCGCCUCUGGAAGGUGCAGGCCAUGAUGAUACUCAACAUCUUCAGUCUGAUCUUGGGCUUCAUCGUUGUGGUGGUAGACGUGAUGAAGACAGCCUUGGGGGCUGCCUCAGCUGCCCCCUCCCAGCAGGCCGGCUUGCUGGCGGUGGAGCUAGGCACUGAGGCCUUCACCCUAGGGGGAGUGCUGGUCUCAGCAUACUCACUAUUCCUGCUGAGCCAGAGGAAGCCAGGAUGCUGCAGGAACCGGAGUCUGCUCUACCAGGAGCUGCAGGAGGGUCUGUCUGAGUUGGAGGAAGUUGCUGCUUUGGAGAAUGGUACCACCGUGGCCAGCACAGCAAAUGCAACAAAUGAAGAAUGCUGCUUUUCCGGACUUAGCCAAGCCCAGGCAUCAGUGAGGAAAGAGCGCGGCCUGGCUGCCUUGCCCUGACAUUGCAGUGGUGCCAGCGGCAGAGCUCCUG